AUGGUGGAUGAGGCAGAUAUCUUCAUCAGCCACACUUGGACAGCGGAUUCCUGGCUGAAGCAUGCGGCUAUAUGCCUGCAUCUGAACUUCAAAUUGGCUCUGGGCAGCGCCAUCAGCGCAUGGAUGUCCGUGAUCGGCUACAUCGCCAUGACAGGUCUGACCUCCUGGGGUGGUUGCCAUAUUCUCGUGGUGGCGGGUGUUUACGUUCCGACGCUGCUCUUUUUCCUCGUGGUGUUCUAUGGACACAGGCUGGGCAGCCUCCUCCACGAGCAACCAACCGUGUGGUUAGACAAGGUUUGCAUCCAUCAGACAGAUGAGGCGAUGAAAGCGCAGCAGGUGAAGGCUUUGCCCGUGUUUGUAGCGCGCUCGCGAGAGAUGCUGGUGCUGUGGAGUGACACCUAUUUUGAGCGGCUUUGGUGUAACUUAGAGUUGGCAACUUUUGCCAAGCACGGCCACGUGGAGAAAGUGCGCUUCGGCCCACUCUGGCUCGCUCCGUGGCUGCUCUCUUCCAUGCUGCUGGAUCUGCUAAGCACCUCCCUCCUGGAGUUCCUGGAGAUAGCCAUUCCGAAUUGGACUGCCUUCUUUAUGGUGCCGCUCGAUCGGGCGUUUACGGAGACCUUCCAUCUCGAAGAAGGUUCGAGGCAGGCUGGGUUUUUCGCGGCGCUGGCGAUCUGGUGCUUAUCCGGCAUGUGCUACUUGCCCACGUCGAUUCCCGGCUGUGUGGCCUUUCGGAGAAAGGUCAGCAAUCACAAGCUGAUGCUCGAGCAGCUUUCGCGAUUUGACAUCCGUAAUGCGCAGUGCACGAUUGAGAGCGACCGCCCGCUGGUGGAGGAUCAGGUUGUGGAGCUUUGGUCACAGGAGUCUGUGGGUAGACCUGGCCCGCAGCCAUCUCCAACGCCGGAAGUCGAAUCACCGAUCAACAGGGAGGAAGCCCUUCAGCGAUUCAAUGCUUUCGUUCAGGGGCCUCUACUAGGUGCUGUGGUAGACGCUAUAGGGCAUGAAGCUCACGUGCCCUACCACCUUUGCGUGGUUGCCUUCCUGCCCAUGAACUUGUACUCCUUGGUGAACACCCUCGGUUGCGAUGGUGGUCCUUGCGAAAGCUCAGCUGCGAGUGCUGGUUUCCAAUCAGUGGGAUGGUACUUGGGAACACAAGCGAUGGCUUGGCUGCUAUGCCUUUUGCUCACCUUCCCGCUCACCCACCCGGUUCUUUUGAGAUUGAUCCGGUUGGCAAUGUCUUACAGUGAGGGCUAUCUCCAGACCAUACUGGCCGUGCUUUGCUGCCCCCUAGCCUACGCAUACUCCUAUGUGUGCGGGGGCAUCAUCUGGGGGUUGAUGUUCGUUACAGUUCAAGACUACUCCCCUGAAUGGCUUGCAGCGCUGGUGAUCUAUGUGGCCCUUCUCGUGGUGCAGGCCUGUGGGCAUCAAAGACCCUAA